UCUUCCUCCAACACAACCCGAACACCAUAGACCGGAAAGUUUCUCUGUUUCUUGCAAUUAUAGGAAGACAACUCGGACAAGGACCUAACUGGAAACCCCCCAAAACAACCGACAAUCCCAGAUUUCUUGAGAUUUACAAACUUAUCUUAGCAAUCAAAAACCAGAACUUGACAGUUCUACCGAACUGUUUCAAUCAUUUAUGUUCCUUCCAUUUCUUUCUUCAUGUGCAAAUCAAAAAAGAGCACCAACAUCAUCAACUCUACAACUACCUCAAGAUCCAUGGCUACCGAAUCCUUAAAAUCAACACCACCACCAUCAUCUUCAUCCUCAUCAUCAUCUACUAUCAACCCACCAUCAUCUACUCACAAAUACCCAUCAACAUCUACUAACAAAUACCCAUCAACAAAUUACUCUCCAAACUACCCAUCAACAUCAAAGUCUUGGUCCUUUUCAAGCAAAACAUCUCUUUCUAACCUUAAAGAUUCAUUACCAGAAAACCCUCACAUUUAUGAUUUCUCUGAAAUCAGCAAAGCUACAAACAACUUUUUACAAAAACCCUUUUCGUCUUCCUCUUCAUCAGUCUCUUGGAGAUGCUCACUUCGUGGAAAAGAAUUGAUUCUUUUUCAACGCAAGUUUCGCCGUCAGAUUGAAUCACCUGAGCUUCAACAGAGGUUAUUGGCCAUUUGCAGGAGUCAUCACAGUAGCGUGAUCAAGCUUCUUGGUGCUACCACUUCAGGGAAUUAUAUCUAUCUUGCUUAUGAGUAUGUUCAUGGUGCAAAUUUAGCUACUUGUCUUAGGAAUCCACAGAACCCCAGUUACACAGUUUUAUCAUCGUGGUUAUCUCGUAUGCAGAUUGCUACUGAUAUAGCUAAUGGUCUUGAUUAUAUUCUCCACUGUUCAGGUUUGAAUUCAGAAUUUGUGCAUGGUCGUAUAAAAAGUUCAAGCAUUUUAGUUACUGAAGAUUCUUUGAAUGCCAAGAUUUGUCAUUUUGGGACUGCUGAAUUGUGUGGAGAGAUGGUGGGGAAUGAAAGUUCUUUGUCGAAAAAUUUUGGUAGGUCAGAUAGUAGGGAAAUGAAAUUUGAAGGAACGACAGGAUAUAUGGCGCCGGAGUUUCAGGCAAGUGGAUUUGUGACUCAGAAAUGUGAUGUGUAUGCAUUCGGGGUGGUGAUUUUGGAGUUGGUGUCUGGGGAGGAGGCGUUGCGAUAUGUGUUUGAUAAGGGGGGUGGAGUUUAUGAGAGAAUUAGUGUGAUUGAGAUGGCAAGGGAGGUGGUGGCUGCUGGUGAGGGUGAGUUAAGGAAGUGGGUUGACAAGAGGUUGAAGGAUUCGUAUCCGGUUGAAGUAGCAGAGAAGAUGGUGCUGUUGGGAUUGGAGUGUGUGGAUGAUGAUCCUGAGAAGCGGCCCCAUACGGGGCUAAUUGAUGUUAGAGUCUCUAAAUUGUACUUGAAGUCAAAGAAAUGGGCUAAAAAGUUUGGUUUGCCCACUGAUUUCUCGGUCUCUUUGGCGCCACGAUGACAACAAUUAAUAAGAAAUGAUGGAUCAAUUGGUUUUUUCUAGUUUUGUUGAUGAUAACUUGUGCAAAUAGGAUUUGAGAAAUCAGAUUGAUAGCGGAUCAAUUGAUGAUUUUUGUAAUCAUGCAGAUGAUAUAACAAGUGACAUUUCUGCGUUGA